AUGUUCAAUAUCAAUAUACUAGUUGUAUCAAUUGUAUCAAGCACCUAUACAAGUAGGGGUAGUAGAAAAUAUGCUAAAUACUAUGGUAGCCGACACUAUGGUUCAGGUAUCUAUGGCGGACACGGUUUAGUCAAAUAUGGCGGCUACUAUGGCGGCUACUAUCGACCAGUUAGCUAUUACCCAGUUAUCUAUAAGCGACCCAUUAGUUACUCAUAUUAUGGACACACGGGCUAUCAUUAUCCGCGAUACUAUAAGUCAUAUUAUCCACGAAAAUAUCGUAAUGUCUAUUAUGGCGGUUAUAUAGGUGGUGGCGGUCACUAUAGAGGAGGUUAUGGUUGGGGUUACAAACGUGGUUAUGGCGGCUAUAGAGGUGGUUAUGGAAAACGUUAUUAUGGUUAA